CCCCCUUCUCCCCCCCCCCCCCUUCCCUUUUUCCCCCCCCCCCCUUUCCCCCCUUUCCCCCCCCCCCCCCCCCCCUUUCCCCCCUCUCCCCUCCCCCCUCCUUUCCCCCCCCCCCUCCUGUCUCCCCCCUUUCCCCCUUUUCCCCCCCCCCCCCCCUUUUCCCCCCCCCUUUUCCCCCCCCCCCCCCCCCUUUCCCCCUUUUCCCCCCCCUUUCCCCUCAUGUCUCACCCUCCUGUUCCCCCCGUUCCCCCCUUUCCCCCUUUCCCCUUUUUUUUCCCCCCCCCCCCCCCCUUUUUCCCCCCCCCCCCUCCUGUCUCACCCCCCCUCCUGGCCCCCCCCCGGCCCCCCCCCCCCCCCCUUCCCCCCCCUCUCCCCCCUGUCCCACCCCCCCCCCCCUUUCCCCCCCAACCCCCUCCCUCCUCCCCUUUCCCCCCCCCCCCCCCCCCCCCCCCCCCCUCCUGUCUCCCCCUCUCCCCUUUUCCCCCCCCCCCCCCCCCCCUCCCUUUUUCCCCCCCCCCCCCCCCCUUUUCCCCCCCCCCCCCACCCCCCCCCCCCCCCCCCCCCUUCCCCCCCCCCCCCCCCUCCCCCUCCUCUCCCCCCCUUUUCCCCCCCUUUUUUUUCCCCCCCCCCCCCCACCCCUUCCCCCCUCCCCCUUUUUCCCCCCCCCCCCUUUUUCCCCCCCCCUCCUGUCUCACCCCCUCCUUUCCCCCCUUUCCCCCCCCCCCCCCCCCUCCCCCCCCUUCCCCCCCUUUUUCCUCCCCCACUUUCCCCUCCCCCCCCCCUUUUCCCCCCCCCCCUUUUUUUCCCCCCCCCCCUCAUUCCCCUUUCCCCUUUUUUCCCUUUUUUCCCCCCUUCCCCCCCUUUUUUUCCCCCCCCCCUCUUUCCCCCCCCCCCCCCCCCCCCCCUUUUUCCCCUCCCCCUCUUCCCCCCCCCCUUUUUUUUCCCCCCCCCCAUUUUUCCCCCCCCCCCCCCCCUCCCUUUUCACCUUUCCCGUCUCACCCCCCUUUCCCCUUUUUUUUUCCCCCCCCCCCCCCUUUUUCCCCCCCCCCCCUCUUUUUCCCCUUCUUCCCUCCCUUUCCCCCCCCCCCCCCCUUUCCCCUUUUUCCCCCCCUUCCCCCCCCCUUUUCCCCCCCC